AUGGCAAAGGAUAAGAAGAAAGACAGUAAGAAGGCAGAAAAAUCUGUGCGUCCUCCUACUUCUGCACAAGAUACUACAGCUGUGAGGAGUUCGACAAAGCUGACAGAUUUGCAGACUUUAGUGAAUCAAGAGGAGGAAACACAGGCAAAGCUGGUGAUACCGGAUAAAGAACCAGAGAAGGUAGAGGAACCUCCAAUCCAAGAUAUUCCUCUAUACUACGAGGAACGUAUUCUUGCUCAAGUUAUUGUAAAAAGCUAUGAAGGUGAAAAAGUCCGUGGAUUGUAUGAGGGUGAAGGAUUUGCAUAUUUUGAGGGGGGAAAUACACAUAAGGGCAUGUUUUCUGAAGGGCUUAUGCAUGGAGAAGGGACUUACACGUGGUCUGAUGGAGUGAAAUAUGAGGGAACAUUUGUUAAGAAUGUGCAGAUGGUUAAUGGCCGUUAUACAUGGAACGAUGGCAGCAGUUAUGAAGGAUCCAUCAAGAAUGGGUUUAGACAUGGAUUUGGAUGUUUCAGGAGCGGCACUCGUCCAGUUUCUUACAUUGGGUAUUGGUGUAAAGGCAAAAGACAUGGAAAGGGUACCAUUUAUUAUGAUCAGGAACACACCUCUUGGUAUUCAGGCGACUGGGUAAAUAACGUCAAAGAAGGAUGGGGAAUGAGAUGCUAUAAGUCUGGAAAUAUCUAUGAAGGUCAGUGGGAGGAAAAUGUACGUCAUGGAAAAGGAAGAAUGAGAUGGCUGACAGCUAAUCAAGAGUACACAGGAGAGUGGGUGUAUGGCAUACAGCAUGGAUAUGGCACCCACGUAUGGUUUUUGAAGAGAAUCCCUGCUUCUCAGUAUCCUUUAAGGAAUGUAUACAUAGGUGAUUUUGUAAAUGGCAAACGACACGGACAUGGGAAGUUCGUAUAUGCCAGUGGAGCAGUGUAUGAUGGUGAAUGGGUUUGUAACAAGAAGCAUGGCAAGGGCAAGUUUGUCUUCAAGAAUGGUCAUGUUUAUGAAGGAGAGUUUAUAGAUGAUCGUAUAGUAGAAUAUCCUGCUUUCCAAAUGUAUGCAAUGGAUGCAAAAGAGCUGAAUGCCAUUUGCUCAGGAGGUCAUUUUGGCACUGAAAAUACCACAGUCAUUAAUGGCUCAGAAAAUACUUCUGUUCUGGGAUCAAAUAUUGACUUGGAUAUAUCUUCAGUGCUUGACUUGUUGCCAAGGGAAGAGAGACAUGAAGAACUGAAACAAGUAACGUUUGCUGUGUUGAGGCAUAUCACAGAGCUGAGGAGAGUUUACAUCUUCUACAGCGGCCUAGGCUGUGAUCAUUCUUUUGACAAUACCUUCCUCAUGACUAAGCUCCAGUUUUGGAGGUUUUUGAAGGACUGCCAGUUUUAUCACGCCAACCUAACUCUUGCUGGAAUGGAUCGGAUAUUGAGCGGUUAUAGAACACCCCUUGAGAAGAUACAUUCUCCACAUGAGACUUUACUGUUCAGAACAUUUUUGUCUUACCUUAUUCAUCUAGCAUUUCAUAUCUAUCAUGAAGAGCACAAAGAGAAAGGUCCUUACCUGAGUAAGUGUUUCUCAGAGAUGAUGUCCAGGAAUGUUAUUCCUGAUUAUUUUUUUUUUCCCCAACUCAUUUUUAAAGGUAUCUUAUUUUCUGAAGAACAACGUACAGUUUUUGCCAUGAGCUAUGUUGACAAAUGCUGGGAAAUAUACAGAGCUUUUUGCAGACCAAGUACCAGACCUCCAUUUGAACCCACAAUGAAAAUGAGACACUUCCUUUGGAUGUUCGAUGAUUUAAAACUUCUCAACAAACAAUUAACUGCUUCAAGACUUGUGGAAAUACUUGCCAAAGAUGGUCCCUCUCUACAUGAUAGCAGUGAUACCAACCUGGAGCUGGAGUUGGUUUUUCUUGAAUUUGUUGAAGCUCUUCUUAACUGCGCAUUGGUGUAUGUUACCAGUGAUAUGAUUAAGGAGCAAGUAGCUUGUGUUCAUGAGAAAAGAAGUAGCUUUAGAGUCAAGGGUCUCUCCGAGGGAACCACCGUUGUGUCUCUGUACCCAGAAUAUUCUCUGUCCCAGCCACUGAGACCUUAUGAAGACAGAGGGCAUCCUUUUCAGGAGUUUCUGCUGGAUACUGUUCUCUCAUUACACACAACUCACAGAGAUGGCAAAGAUCUGUCAAUGCUCAGCUGGGAUGCAGGAAAAGAACAGGAUUUCUGUCCAGCAAGGGAACUGAGAGAUGAACCAAAAGAACCCAAAACUGAACAAGAUGAAGAUUUUACUCUGUGGAUGUGUCAGGUGCAUGUCUUUUUUACAGCUAAGUUCUUUCCUGCCUACCAGCAUGAAAAACUGCUGAGGGAAAAAAUAAAAGAAAAUCGAGUACAAGAUGCUGAAUUAGCUCAGCUGAGAAAGAUCAAGGAUGAGGAGCUGGCAAUACUUAUUGCUGAAAGAGAAGUCAAAGAGGCAAAAAGGCAAGAAGCGGCUGCAGCAGAAAAAGCACUUCUCUCCAAGAGUGCAGAGUUAGAGGAGCCUGUCACACUGUUAGUACCCCCUGUGAAGGAAGAGGCACCUACUGUAGCACCCUCAGUUGUUACCAAGGUGCCUGGUGGCAAAAACAGAAAGAAGAAAUAA